UUUUUCGAGUUUUUCGCCGCGUUGUUUACUUGCGAAAUGGAAGGCGUCCGUUAAAAUGGGGUAAAUCUUCGGUUUUGUAUCUCUGCAUACAAAAGUGCGCUCAGAAAAUGCCUCCGAUAAAGAAGAAGAAAAGGACGAAAGUUGAUAGAAACUUCGGAGAACAAGGUACGGUGAGGCAAUUUAUUUUAUAGAAACAAUGAAAUGAAAGUUUCAGGACUUAACUCAAGCUUGCUGAAGUACACAAACUAUAAAACAGUUUUACAACUUAACAGCAUUACAGUGAAGCCAUGGACUAGAAAGGGUGAAAAAUUUGCACAAUUCCAUGCUUUUAUCAUACGUACAUUAAUCUGUGUAUUCAAAUAAAGCCUGUGUGCAUGUAUGGCUUUGUCCUUUUACUCCGUGCAGGUUCAUGGAUUUAUUGUGCAGCAAUUUCAUACUAUUUCACACAAAUAUUUUUAAACUACACAAAAUACACAUGUAUGCAUAUAAAUGUUGCGGUUAAUUUUUCUUUUCAGGUACUUUUUGUUUUUCCUUUGUUUCAAAUUCAUUAGCAUACAUUACCAUAUCCAAAAGCAAUGGAAAAAUAAAAAUUAACUGAGAUAAAAAACAUAAAUAAAUGUAUGGAGCUGUACAGAAAUCUUACAAGUGUCCAGUUUCAAAAUACUAUCCAUCAUAAGUAACACCUGAUUUAAACAAUUGGAGAGUGACAUUUAUCAUGUAUCAAUCUAUUGUAUUUGAUUUGUUCUCAUAUGCCCUAACCAUGAAGAUGUUGUAGUUAAUUUUUUAUCUCAGGUAAUUUUUCUUUUUCUUUUGUUUUUGGGUAUGUUAAUGUAUGCUAAUGGCGUUGAAACAAAAGAAAAAUGAAAUCUACCUGAGAUAAAAAAUUAACUACAACAUAGGCAUUAUAUUGUCAGUCUUAUACUCAAAGACAGAUAAUGCGUUAAGUCAAGUUAUCUAUUGAAGCCAUGUUAGAGUAAAGAUCUGACAAGCUACAUGGCUUUGAAGCGGCAACAUGAGACAAGAUGAAAUGGUGAUAAUAAUAAUACAUAAUUAACAUAAUAAUAAUAAUAAUUUAAAAAUUAAUAGCACCCAAAUAUCUAUAUGAGUAUAAUCAAAAUUAUGACAUAAAGAUGGGUUGAAUACUGACAGGGACAUGGCCUAAUCCUCAAAACCUGAAAGGAUUGUAUUUGAAAUAAAUACUAGCUACAAAUUUACUACCCCCUGCUAAGAGGACCUUUUUAUAAGGUAGUGUUAAUAAAACUAAAGAGCAUAGUCAAACUUAAUAACCAGAAGAUGCACGAAAACAUCAAACUCAUGCACCAAACUCCUACUUUAAAUUAUCACUGAUCAGUAGUACAAAAAUAGUCAAGAUCACAUACCGGUAUUUUUUUAUUUAUGAUCUGACAUAGCCAGCACUGCAGAUGAAACUAAACUCUGGUUAAGUUGGUCUGUGAAACAGUGCCACAUCCUUGUUCUAGGCCCUCACCUGUGUACCAGGAUUUGAGUGCACGCCAUGAUUGGCCUGUUUAAAAAGCCUUUGUUGAUUUGCCAAUAAGGUUAAAGGAAAUGCAAGAUAAUUCAUUGAGUCCCAUUGGAGGCCAAGAACAAGGCUAUUGGCACUGCUUCACAGACAUUACUCACCUAGGUUAAAUUUCAUCUGCGGUGUUGGCUAGAUGUGACAUUGUUUUACAUUCUACCUACAGAAGAAACCGAGUCUUCUGAGUCAGGAAAGCUAAGUGAAACCAAUGAAGUUGUCAAGCACUUGUCAAGAACAAGAUUAGUAAGUUCACUCCACAGUAGACUUCUGGUCAUGUUAAAACACUCCGUGGAUGAAAUCUUUUUUGUCUGAAAGGCUCAUUAGCCACUAUCCCAGUGAUUAAGAGCGGUAAAUGUAAGCUUGCCUGUCUAAUAUCUUAUUAUGCAGUUUUGUCAGUACUGUACUUCUGACCUUGACCAUACCCAAAGCAUGAAACUAUUUCAACUAUUUUUAAGUUUCUUUGACUUCCCUUGCCUGUUUGUGUUAACAGUCACGGUAAGUUAUUCAGUCAUAGUAUGUCAGCAUGAUUAUGUUUGCCUCAUAACAGUGUCCUUCAUACUUUUAAACUGUGCCAUAUACAUUGUAGAUCUUGAGGCGGAUAUAGAUUAGUAGGAAGCAUAAAAAGCUGGAAAAUCAGUAAAAAGGUCAAGACAGAAAAUAGGACCCCUUGAUACCAGUCCAGUUUCAAACAGUGCUGUAAUGCUGUCCUUUAAUUAGGUGGAAAAAAUCCUUUCAUUAUUCUGAAGGUUGAGGGCUGUCUGAAAUUCAGCUGUAGUAGUAUAUGGUUAUCAAAUAGUACCUGUGACCAGCAAUGUUGCCUCCUACUUUCAUUAUCAGAACACUUUGUUUACCCUUAAAAACCCAGUUGUGGAACACUUCAUGUUGAAAACCCUUGCAGGACAAUUACAUGACUCAGUACAACUAGUGACUGAAGAAGUGGUUUUUGUCAUAUUGAUGGUAGUUUGUACAGUAUAUAUAUUCUUUGUUAUUAUUAAUAUCGUAGGAUAAGGAAAAUACCCCAAGAAGAGCAAAGAGUUGGUUUGCUCAGAGAAAAGAAGGAGAUCCUUAUGAUGCAGACUCUGAACCUGAACAUGGAGCUAUCCCUUUAACAGCAAUGACUAUUGAUCAGAACAUUCCUCUGGAUAAACAACUCUUCCAUUCCAGGCUGUCACCAGUACAUACAGAUCAUUCUACACCAAGCAUAGCUGCACCAAACUGUGGUUACCAAACCUCAGAUUGUUAUGGAUUUGAUAGCAUGCCUUCACCACUACCUUUUUCUCCAGUGGGACAACCUGUUUUGCCACCUAGUUUUGUCCCCAGCUCUCCUGGAUCUGUUUCUGUUACAUCAUCGAUUACGUCAAUAUCUCCUGGAAAAAGGAAAGCUGAUCCUCGUAUUUUUGAUGUGCCAAUCGAGAGACCAAGCAAAAAAAUGAAGAAAAAGAAAACCAAAUUGUUGGUGAGUAUUUUGUUGAUAAUAAGCAAUUAUUGGAGACCCAACAAGGCAAAUGCCAGUCAGGUGACAGACUGGCAAUGACAUGACUUUGUGAUAUUGAUGAGAAAACCCUCUGGACUCAAGUUAACAAAUCACUGACAAUUUUCCAUGUUCUGUACUCUUAUCGACACCAUUGCAUAAUUUCCAUGGUCUUAACUCCUAUCAAACAUAGCUGUCAGCCAAUAAGGGCAUGAGAAAUUGCUCAGUUGUAAAAUCUGUGUUUGAUGUGGCAAGUGGCUCAUCAGGCCAGAGCUUAUGUUGUUUUUGGUUUUCCAAAGCAGAAAGCAACUAGGGAUAUGACUUCUUUCCCCUGGAUGGAAUGCUAGUCCAUCACAGCAUUACCCCCCAGAAUCUGAUUCACCAGUAUACACCUGGGUGGAAGAAGGAAUUGUGAGAGUGAAGUGUCUUGCCUAAGAGCACAACAUACAUGUAGUACCUUGGCUACAGCUUGAACCUGGACUUCUCUAGCCAUUAUGCCACUGUUUCUCCACUUGUUAUGUUAUCAAAAAGUUUUCACCAAUACCAGCAGUUUUGCUCCCAUCUGGUUUCCCAGAGUUUACAGUCUCAUUUCUAACAUGCAAAAUAGCUGGUGGUGAAAAAUCUACAAACCUUUAGGAAACCAAGUAUUAAGCAGCCAAAUUUUCUUCCUAAAUAUUGUUGGGGUCAUCAAGCAAAUUUCUGGAAAUCAUUUUCCUUAGUUACUGAAUUGCUGUCCCCUCUAGGCAAACAUCUCCAGGUAAUGAGAGUUUGUUUGGUCAAGUUCAGCCCCCCUUUUUUUGUUUCUGGAAUGAUUUACAGCUUUGCGUCAAACUCAAGAUAUCUUAUUUCGUUCCUUUUCAGGAUACAGAAGAUGAAGACUGGGUAUAUGAGUUGAAAGCACAGUUUCAAGAAGUAGAAAUGGUUGAUCUUGUUAUUGACUAGAGAACAGAGUAUAAUGAAAGUUUGUAACUUACUAUGUACCUUUAGUAGUAAGUAACCCUGUGUGGUGUAAAUAAAUAUUAUAAGUUAGGUAUAAUAUAAAGGAGCUGUGAUAAAACACAGUGAUCAAAGAACAACAAACCUUACUGCCAGCUGAACAGCAAGAAUUUCUACGAUCAAACAAGCUUUGUUUGAAAAAAAAAAAAAGAAAAAGCACUUUCACACCGACAGACUUUCACCAAUUUUAAAUUAAACAAGCAUUUUUAGCAGGACUUUCCAUUUCUACUAGUAAUAAUCUUGAAUGUGUACUAUGCAUCUGUCUAAUUUAUUCCAGAAAAGAAAAUUACCAAGAUGAUGCUUUGGAUAAUGAUGUGUAUUCAAGUUUUGUUUGUUUAAUGUUUGUUCUGUUUUAGUGAAUGUAAGAAUGCAGCUUUAAUAGUUUAAAUCCAUGCAUAUGCAGCAUGCAUCCAGCAUAAACGUCUUGUGGAAACUGUAAUAACUUGAGGAAAUAUUAUUGCUAACUUGAGGAAAUAUUGUUCAUUCGCAGAAUGUAAUUUUGACAGUUUUUAAAGGCUUAGCACACACUAGACUUUUUCUAUGCUACACUGUACCAUUCUUUAGGGUCAGUUUCUAACACUCUCUAAAGUUUGGUCUUUCUAAUUCAUUACUAGGCCUGGGGAGGAGAGCAGGGCUCAUUUUUCAGAACAGGGGCUUGUACUCCACCUUACAUGUCCAGAGACAAUUGAUUUUGAUUCAUUUUGUCCUUGAAACAUGCCACAGAGGAAUAAUAUAGCUACAACUGCAAUAUGUUGCCUGUUGUGUGCCAAGCUUAUUAAGGUCAACACUUGCUGUAUACUGUUGUAGGUACAGGUAGUACAGGUACAGUUAAUGAACUGGUCGCAUUAAUAAUUACACAUCUCUCCGACUAAAAAAUGAAUACAUUAUUUCAUUAUUCAGGGUC